GUGGUAUCAAAAGGUGACAUAGACUGACAUAGUAUCCGUUUAUUGUUGAAGGUAGCCUUUCACUAUAAAACUGUGUCGUUACAACAACCGAGGGUCAGCAAUCAGAAGACUUCACACUUACGAAGACAAUUAAAGACACGAUUCGCUUUACCAGGAAGAAGACAUGAAGAAAGCAUUUCUUCGGUUGUUCCUUGUUGUCAUGGUGGUCUGCUUGAGCACUAGUGUUGGUGCAGAUGAUGAGAUCAGAUGUUUAGAUAAUGAGUUCCAGUGUGCAAAUGGUAAAUGUAUACCUAUUUCUUGGUGGUGUGAUGGUGAUAACGACUGUACCGACUCAAGUGACGAAAGAUCUUGCAAUUCUAACGAUUCCACCGUCCAACCAACAGAUGCAGCAGUCAAUUGUUUAGAUAAUGAGUUUCCAUGCACAGACGGUAAAUGUAUCCAUAGAUCCUGGUGGUGUGAUGGUGAUGAAGACUGUGCCGACGCUAGUGACGAGAAAUUCUGCAAUUCAAACAACCUCACUCAAACUACAGUUACCACAACCGCUCUACCCACCACAAUGACUACGACCAUGGUUACGACCUUAAAGACACAAGGUCCGACAGUCGAUCCUUCGUGCCAGAGAAUUACCAGCCCAAUACGCAACGUUUGCAGUCGGUUGGGUUACACGUACACAAGACUACCGAAUAGAUUUGGGCACACCAAUCAAGACCAGAUUAUUCGAGCUCUUGGCGGCUGGUCCGAAGCCAUUCGUAAGCAGUGCUCUCMUUUGUUGGAGGAUUUUCUAUGCAGAGUAUAUAUACCACCAUGUGAUAGAGACGAAACACAGACUUGCAGAGUAAUAUGCAAUUCUGUCAAGAAAUCCUGUCGACGAGUUUUGAGAAAAUUGAAGAUAAGAUGGCCCUCUCCUCUGCAUUGCAGCAAGUUUCCAAAGAAGAGAUGUUCCAGAUUAUCAGCGGAGAAACCAAAUACCCCACCACCGAAAGUAAAGAGACCCUCGAUCCGCSCGAAGUCGACACGAGCCACUGAAGGAAUUCCAAAAGGACCGGGUUGCCAAAAGUUAACAAUACAAUUGUGUCAAGGACUUCAAUACAACCACACACUGUACCCCAACAUGUUGAAACAUCGGACCCAAGCAGAAGCUUCUCAGGAGGUUUACCAGUUCUUUCCUCUCAUACAGAUCGGAUGCCAUAAAGAUUUUCGCAUGUUUUUGUGUUCUUUGUACGCACCGAUAUGUACUGUCAUGGAAACGCCGAUCCCUCCAUGUCGCUCAAUGUGCGAACAAUCAAAAAAGGGAUGUGAACCUUUGAUGAACAGAUAUGGUUUUACUUGGCCAGAGAAGCUUAACUGUUCGAACUUUCCGGAAUUUGGAAACGAUGUACUGUGUAUUGGAGUUUCAAGUAACAGUAAGACGGUUUCGACAGAUAUCGUUUCACCAACGACUAGACUAACAACACAGCCCACUAAGAAGGUUCCCAGUCCUCCUCCGCCAAAUAUCGCUUCACCGAAAACACAACAACCAACCAAGGAGGUCCCCAGUCCUCCUCUGCCGAAAGCUCCCGAAACAACAGCAAGGCCAAAAGGCAUCAAUGCAACAGCCAUGUCAACUACAAUAGUAUCUCAUCCAAAAAAAACUAAAACAAUGCUAAUGACGGUUCAAGGAGUAAUUACGUCACCCAAUUAUCCUAACCCCUACCCCCAGGGGACUAAAUAUAAUUGGAUCAUCCAACUUUCUGAUUCGUACAAAGCGAUCAAAAUUACAAUAGAAAAGUUGCGUCUGGAGGAGGAUCGAAACUGCAUAUACGACUACAUUAUAAUCAAGGAUAAGAUGUUAAACCAAGUAGGACCUCGUCAUUGUGGUACAUAUCGUUACCCUUACGAAGUGCUGGUCAGGGGUAACAAAGCCAUAAUAAACUUUGUAUCGGAUGGUAGUACGAGUAAAGCAGGCUUCCUCAUUAGAUACAGAGGACUCAAUUCAGUCCCAAGCGAAGAAGAAGAAUGGAUAAGAAAGGAAUGGAAUUUCGCAGCACUUCAAAAGAGAAAAUAUGCCUUGACGCAGUAUGAACUCAACAAGAACGGAAUCACAGCUGGCUAUCUGGUUUCUUUUGAAAUAGAUCAAGUAAAGGUUAAACGAGUUCCAAAGAUGAAGAUUCCGUUUGUCUUUUUCCUCGUUGUCAUGGGUACUGGCUGGAGCUUGAGCACUGCUGGACAAUCCUGCGAGAGGAUAUCACACCAAAUGUGCCAAGGACUUGGUUACAACUACACACAGUUCCCCAACCGUUUCAACCAUCGUAGCCAAUAUCAAGCCAUGUUAGAGAUGCAUCAGUUCUACCCUCUUGUAAAGGUUGGUUGUUCGAGUUCUUUGAAGRAGUUUCUAUGCUCCAUGUACAUGCCAAAGUGCUCUAAGACUCUAGUACCGCCAUGUCGCUCGUUAUGUAAACAGGCAAAGUCGGGCUGUGGAGCAAUGAUGAAAAAACUUGGUAUUUCAUGGCCAAAGAAAACUAAAUGUUCAAGGUUUCCAGAUUAUGAAAACGAGUCAUGUAUUUCAUCCACAGAAAACAAAAGCGUAUCUUUAGGAGGGAUCAAAGCAACACAAGGAAGCAGAUGUGAGAAGAUAACGAUACCAUUAUGUCCAGGAAUGUCGUACAACUACACAAUGUAUCCCAACCUGUUGAAUCAUAAAACUCAAGUCGAAGCAGGUCUAGAGGUCCAUCAGUUCUAUCCUCUGGUGAAAAUCAAAUGUUCCAGCGAGCUGAAAAAGUUUUUAUGUACAUUGUACGCACCAAGGUGUUCCGAUACUCUCAUCCCUCCUUGUCGCUCAUUUUGUGAACUUUCCAAGAGCGGUUGUCAAAAAUUGAUGCAUAGAUUUGGUUUCACUUGGCCAGCGAGUCUUAACUGUUCUUUAUUUCCGGUAGAAGGAGGUGAUAGGAAGUGCAUUGCACCGAAAUACGGCAGUGAUUUCGCGACAACAACCAAGCCCACCACAGAAAUUAGUACCAUUAGUUUUGGCCCAAAAAAAUUUAGGACAUUACUAACAAAGGUUCAAGGCGUUUUUACGUCACCCAAUUAUCCAAAACCCUACCCCCAGGAUAUUGAAAUUAACUGGACCAUCGAACUUCCGGAUUCGUACAAGUUGAUUAAAAUCACGAUGGAAAAGAUGCGUCUGGAAGAGGAUCGAAACUGCCUAUACGACUACAUUAUAAUCAAGGAUAAGAUGCUUAACCAAGUAGGACCUCGUCAUUGUGGUACAUAUCGUUACCCUUACGAAGUGCUGGUCAGGGGUAACAAAGCCAUAGUAAACUUUGUAUCGGAUGGCAGUACGAGUAAAGCAGGCUUCGUCAUAAAAUAUAGAGGACUUGUUGCAAAGACGCAAAGACCGCACGCAGGAUGUCGAGCUUAUAUUUUUGACUGCCUUUACAAACCCCAUUGGCAGGUUACAUACUUAGACAUUUUUAAAAAGCGAACUAUAAUCGGCCGCGAGACAGACUGUGCGAAGUUCUACCGAACGAGAAAUAUGAAGCAACCAGUUCUUCUUUUAUUCCUUGUUGUCAUGGAUACUGGUCGAAGCUUGACCAUAGGGAGCACCAUAGGAAGCAAUUGCGAAAGGAUAACAAUACCAAUGUGCCAAAACAUUGGCUACAACUACACGAUGUUCCCUAACAUAUUCAACCAUCGUAGUCAAAGCGAAGCAAGUGUCGCGCUCCGACGUUACAUUCCUCUUGUAGACUGGGUAUGCUUCAAGUGGCUGCCAAAGUUCCUCUGUUCCAUGUUCGUACCUGUGUGCACUAACACAAGUGUUAUAAUACCUCCGUGUCGCUCGUUGUGUGAACAAUCCAAGCAGGCCUGUCUGCAACUGGUGCGCACCUUCGGUGACGACUGGCCAAAGAACUUUGACUGUGCUAACUUUCCAGAGGAAGGAUUGGGGAAAAAAUGUAUUGCGGAGAAACUAACCACAAAAGCUGUAGCAACAACAACUUCUCACACAAAACUAGUUAUUCCUACCACAAGAAACCCUAACGUUGACAGCAAAUGCCGAAAAGACGAAUUUCAAUGCCAAAGUUACGAUUCAGAUCAAGAUAUGUGUAUCCCUAAGAUCUGGAGAUGUGAUGGAAUGAAUGAUUGCAAGGAUUCAAUUGAUGAGAGGUUUUGCUCUACUAUAGGAACGACGACCAGGAUGCCAACGACCACUAAAGGUCCGAUAGUAUACUCUUUAUGCCAGGGAAUAAGCAGCCCAAUACGCAACGUUUGCAGUCGGUUGGGUUACACGUAUACAAGACUACCGAAUAGAUUUGGGCACACCAAUCAAGACCAGAUUAUUCGAGCUCUUGGUGGCUGGCCCGAGGCCAUUCGUAAGCAGUGCUCUCCUUUGUUGGAGGAUUUUCUAUGCAGAGUGUAUGUACCACCGUGUGAUAAAGACGAAACACGGACUCCUUGCAGAUCAAUGUGUAAAAAAGUAAAGAAAUCUUGUCGCAAAACUUUGAAAAGAAUAAAAAUGAAAUGGCCUGCAUCGCUGCGAUGCGGCAAACUACCAAAGAAAAGAUGUCAUGGAGCUGUUCAUAAAAAUAUUUUGCCAAAGAAAGUGAAGUCGUCUAAAGAUAAUUGCRAAAACAUAACAUUAAAAAUGUGUCAAGGAAUUGGAUACAACUAUACUAAGUUUCCCAACAUGUUCAGCCAUCAAAAUCAAGCAGAAAUCGCCUUUGAAGUCUAUCAAUACCUACCUCUCAUAGAAAUCCAGUGCUCGAGUUUCUUAAAGAGGUUCUUGUGUUCCAUGUACCUCCCAAGAUGCACGACAACAGGAACAACUAUACCACCAUGUCGAUCAUUGUGUGAACACUCCAAGAAAGGUUGCGAGCCACUUAUGAAGAGAUAUGGAUUUGGYUGGCCAGCGAAAUUUAACUGCGCAAGCUUCCCAAAGCUUGGAGAUGAAUUUUGUGCGGUCUGAAAAAGAUAGUUUAUGGAGAGUUAGAUUACGGCAUGGCAGCUGUUGAGAUCGAAAAACUUGAAGAUGUCUUGGAGAUUCUUCAUACUAAGUUGAAUAUUUUAAUAGAUGACUCGAUCUUGCUGGUGUCGACUGAAUUUUUGCUGUUGCGAACGGAUUCUAAAGGAUUUUGCUAAGAAAUAGAAAAUGAAAUAUAUAAAACUGAGUUGAAACAAAAGAAAAAAUUAAGGAAAAAACAAAAAAAAGUCCAAGGAAAAAAGGAAAUAUGAGAAGGUUAAUGUAGACCGAAGAAAGAAGAAAGGAAGAAAGAAAGGGAGAAAGGAAGAAGGACAUUUGUUUAGUCAACAAUAAGGCCUUACAAAAAUGGAUAUAUGGAACCAAGUGAAAGCAACGGGGCGAUUAAAACACCAAAAGACUUAGAAUAGCGGCUUUGCACCAUAACGUGAUGGCAGCCAUGACAGGGGGCAUAACAAUAGAGUCUUUUCCCCCUGGGAAUCUGAAUUAUUUCUCAUAUAAAUCAGAUUAGACCAGAUUCAAUUGUUCCUGCCUCCUGUCAUGGCUGCUAUCACGUGAUGGUGCAAAGUCUUUAGUAACAUUGGCUUUACUAAAGUCUACUCCGCAACUAUAACAACAAAUACUUCUACGUAUAAUUAUAAUUCCACUUAAAAACAACUAAACUGAGCUCGAAAAUAAAGAAAACUUGUGAACACACUUUA